AUGUCUUGUUCAUUUUGGGCGCCGUUUGCUUUGAUGAAUCGAGAGGGAAACCUGCUCUGCCUCAACAUUGAUGGUGUCUUCGUCGAAUGUGACGCUCUUUUCUCUCAUUACUUUUGUUUUCUUGGAAGUUCUUAUAAACGGCAUACCAGGUUUGAGGGAGCAUUUGCAAGGAAACCAUCGUUGUUGGUAGGGAAUCAGAUCAAACGAUUCUGGAGCCGUUUGGGGAUGGCAAGGAAAGCAAUGAAUACUUAUUUGCGCCAUUCUAAGCGAAGCUGUAGAGCAGGACUUCCCCACGAAAUCCUACAUUGUAGGAGAGUAAAUUUGACGAAGAUUCGAGCGCGAUGCUGGCCAAGACGCUUGCUAAUUGAUAGAAAUAUGAAGUUAUUGUACGUUGUGGCGUUGGUUGCUGAUUGGGAACUCCGUGCUUUUCAACGCGCAAACACACCAGCAGCUAUAACGUCACCAGCCAAAAGUACAAUGUAUGGGAACUUGGCCACAUGUUAUAGCAGACUCGAUUUUACCGCGACAGAGUAUUCAAAAGAAUCGAAUUUGGCCUAA